AUUUAUAUAAUUGUACGAUCAAAAUAUAAAACUGUUAAUUUUACGCUUACAGCGAUGCUAGUAUGUGAAAUGUUUCGUUUGUUGUCGCGAGGUUGUUACAGGGUGAGUUUCUGAUAUACUCAGCAAAACUACCGAUACUGAUUAAUAAAUUUGUACCUAUACAGUUUAGUUUGCUCUUUUCGAUUCGGCGGCGUCGUAUGGUAUCCCGUAAAUGCAACGUUAGCUACCAUGGGAUAUGUACAAGGAGUCUGCCGUUACCCCAACGCCGAUGUCGACGUCGGCGAUCGACUGAUAAACUUGCGAUGACGUUACUAUUCGCCUAGCGUUUGACGCCCCUCAAUCCCCGAUUCCUGUGGCUGUUGAAUCGCUUUGUUUAAGAUCCAUUAGAUUUCACACAUACGUAUAUUUAUUUGCAUUUAUUCGUCGAUUAUCUCUAUCUAAUCAUCUCAUUUGGCCCUUGGUUUAUAUUCGCGUACGGCAUAGGUAUCUAUCAUACUUUCUCAAGACAUUCGAAGUUGAUCCAUCCCCAACACAGUCUUAACCUCGCUCAACCCCCCCUAAUACUAGCGUUCACACCACAAACACCACAAAUACCAGCCCACCAUGACACCCCCCUCACCCUCACCCUCACCCGCAGAACUUUCACCCCUACCAACGCACAUGAAAGCCCUCCAAAUAACCUCCUUCAACGAACCCUACACCCUAACCUCCUCCGUCCCCGUCCCCACCGCCCUCGGCCCCCGCGAACUGCUCGUCAAAGUCGCGGCGGCGAGCUACUGCCACACGGACGGCAUGGUCGCCGCUGGCGUCUUCAGGACGCGGAUCCCGGCCACGGCAUCGCAUGAGGGCGCCGGAACGGUGGUUCGGGUUGGGGAGGGAGUGAGGGGGUUUGGGGUCGGGGAUAGGGUUAUGUGUGGACUGCCUUUGGGGCCUUGUGGGAGGUGCGGGGACUGUGUUGGUGAGGAAGGAGAUGAAGAAGAGGGGGGAGAGGAAAGGGAAGGGGAAGGGAGUGAAGGGGAAACUGAAACAGGCUUCGAACAGUACUGCGCACACACCCAAGGCCACGUAGGCGUCCACAUCGACGGGUGUUUCGCGGAGUACGUCCGCGUCGACGAGCGGUUCACCACAACCUUACCACCCGAACUGUCCUUCGUCGAAGCCGCGCCGCUCGCGUGCGCGGGACGCACGGCGUGGCGCGGCGUCCGACUCGCCGUCGAUGGUGCGCGAAGGGGCGAAUGGUUGCUUAUCGUCGGGUCCGGAGGCGGGCUGGGACAUCUAGCUGUUCAGUUCGCGAAAGGAAGGGGCGCUAGGGUCGUCGGCGUCGACGCGCGCGAUGAGGGGUUAAGCGUUACGCGGGACGCGGGUGCGGACGCGGUGGUUGACGCGAGGGGGAAGUCGAAAGAUGAGGUUGUGGCGGAGGUAAGACGGGUUAUUACUACUACUAUGGGAGGGAAGGGGGAAAAGGGGGCGCACGCGUCGAUUGUGCUUGCGGAUGCCGGAGGGGCGACGGCGUUGGCGGCCGCGGCGACGAGGAUGCAUGGUACGUUGGUGCAGAUUGCGCAGCCGGAGGUUGUGGCGCUGCCGUUUCGCGAGGUGGUGUUUAGGGAUGUGAGGGUUAGGGGAAGCUUGCUUUGUUCGCCGGGGGAGAGUAGGGAUAUGGUUGGGUUUAUUGCGGAGGUGAAGAGGGAGGGACGGAGGAGACGAGAAAAGGAUGAGGCAGGAAAGGAGGAGGGGAAAGAGAAAGAGAAAGGAGAAGCGGAAGGGGAGGGGGAGGGGAUGAGAGGGGGGUUUAGGAUAGAGACUACGGUGUUUGAGGGACUGGAGAAGAUUGAUGAGGUCUUGGAGUUGGUGCGGAGUGGGAAGAUUAGGGGGAAGGCGGUGGUGGUGAUUGAUAGGGAGCAGGUUGAGGAGGAUAGGAGGAGGGGGUGGGUGUAAGGCGCCGUGUUGAUGGCUUUAGUUGCUAUAAAAGGGUUAACAUCGCCAGUGUGUAUGUUGUAAUAUUACCUAGAGUUUGAACCUACGUACGAGAUAGGGAAUCGUGAGAUUUUGGCGGCCUAUCCAAAUACCUCUUAGAAUCGAUCCAUACUAGGAACAUAUACUAUGACUACUAGGAGAGUCAGUUGAACUCGCCUUUUCACCGGAAGAUUAUCACUUCCAAUAUCAUCUCAAAUUAGCUACG